AUGCUCUACGCACAGCUGCGCAUCCCAAACAAGGUCUUACAGCAACCGGAUGUCCAAUACCUCGCCCGUAAAGCCGAGCUCCUCCCCCGCUUGCGGCGGAUCUAUGUCCAACCAUGGAUCCCUUCGCGCGGUAAUCCGUCAGCGUUGCAAGCGGGGCGCAUGGCUAACGAGCUUUCUCGAGUGGCGAGUGCCGAUCGCACCGGCGCGCGUUUCGUCCUCAUGGAGCAGAGCAUGUACGAUGGCGAAGCGACCUUUGAGGAUUGGAAGAAUUGCAUUGAAGGAGGACGCGGCCCUUGGCGAGAAGUUGGCGAAAUCCGAGAUCAGUGUGCGACGUACCCCAUGGCGCUCUAG